AUGCAAAAUAGCGAAAGCGAUGAUUCUUCAGAUGGUGAUUAUGAAGAGGUGGACACUGAAAAUAGUGGAUGUGAUUCUUCUGCAUAUAGCCUUAUUGAAGACAAUAGUUCAAGAUGGAUUCAUAUGUCGUCUUCAGAUGUGCUAAAGAAAUUUCCUUGUGGAUUAUGCUCAUAUGCGACUGAUUGUCGAUCUCAUUGGAAAAGUCACAAACAGACUCAUGCUCAACAACGUUCUUUUAUGGAAAAUGAAAAUAUGACUGCUACUGCUUCCAGAGUGUUACAGUGCUCCUUAUGCUCAUAUGUGACUUGUUCCUCAUCUAAUUUUAAAAGGCAUCAGUUGACUCAUUCUCAAGCACGGCCAUAUGUUUGUGCCAUAUGUCAUCAUGCUUUUAACCAUAAAUACCGAGCUUUCAGGUGCCAUUUUGAAAAUGCAGAUCCUGUUCUAAAGAGACUGAGAUGUGCAUUGUGCCCAUUUAUAACUGCUCAUGUAUCAAAGUUGAACAGACAUAAACUAACUCAUUAUAGGGAAAAGAAAACUUAUUCAUGUCCUGAUUGCCAAAAAACAUUUACUCAAAAGUAUAAUCUCAAAGUUCAUAUGAGGCUUCAUACUGGUCAUUUUCUGAUGGCAAGAGCAAAUGUUUCAAGCUUUUACUGCAAACAUUGUUUUUACAGAUCAGGCUCCUAUUCUGAUAUAAAAACUCAUGAAAAGGUGCAUACUAAAGAUCGCAUAUAUUCUUGUGAUGUAUGCCAUAGGACAUUUAAUCGAAAAUAUAAUUUAAAAGCUCACAUGAGAAUACAUUCUGGAGAAAAGCCUUUCAGCUGCAAGUUUUGUACUCUUCACUUUUCUUUUCACACAUCUCUAAAAAACCAUGUGAUUUCUCACCAUAGUUCUCAUAUUACCAAGUAAUUUUUAAAAAUCCAUCAUCUUUGAUAAGAUUCUUGUUGAAGCUCUGUUCUCUUUUCUUUCUGUGAUGGUUAUGUUUUCCAUGAAAUAUAAUUUAUUUUUCAUAAAAUGGUUUCGUGACUAAACUUUUUUUGUAUGUGAAUGAAAAUUAUGUAAAUAUGAAUUAUGACUUUCAUGUGUGUAAAUAUUCAUAAUGAAAGUUAUUUAUUUAAAUUUUGUCAUUAAAAUUUAAAAAUUGCAUUUUUUGUAAAUUGUUUUAUUUAGUGAAAUUUGGAAGUGACAUUUAACAUGCAAUUUUAAGUUAAAGUUUUUUACUGAUAUUUGUGUCUUUGACAAAAACGUAAUGGCUGUAUUUUAUGGUGCUUGUAUAUCAGCUGGAGCUAAUGAUAAUUGAGUGAUUUAUAUGCUGUUAACUACUUUGUUGGUUAGAAAUCAAAAAGUACCUGUCUAGCAAUCCUGUUUAUGUAUAUAAAAAAUUGUUCAAGCUUAUUUUAAAUUUUGAGCAGGUUUUUUCCAUAUGUAACACUAUGUUGCUUAAUUUAUUUUAAUUAAACUUUUUUUUAAAUUUAUAAUUUACUUUCUUCUGAACAUGAAAGUGUAAUUAAGCCUUUUCUCAUUUAGGGGAAACUUAUUAUUUUAUUGAGUUGUGGAAAUAAUCACAAAAUGAGUCUUUAUUUGCUGGAUAUAGAAUGUAAUGGUGAUACAGUUUAUAACCAUGAUAGAGUAAAUAAAAGUAUACAUAGCAUUGCA